UUGAGAGCAGCCUUCGGCGGCGGCGCCGACAGAGCCUCGGCGCACUAAAAUGGCGGCGGUUACAGGAUUAACGGCUCCGGGGCGCUGGCCGUUCUGGUUCCUGGCGGUGCUGCAGGCGAUAUCUGUGUAUGGGGCGCAGUUAUCAUCAGAAGCAUGCAGAGAACUAGGCUUUUCCAGUAACUUGCUAUGUAGUUCUUGCAACCUUCUUGGACAAUUUAGUUUGAAUCAACUAGAUCCAUUCUGCAGAGAGUGUUGCCAAGAAGAAGCUCAGUUUGAAACCAGAAAGCUCUAUGCAGGUGCUAUCCUUGAAGUGUGUGGAUGAAAACUGGGAAGGUUCCCUCAAGUUCAGGCUUUUGUCAGGAGUGACAAACCUAAACUAUUCAGGGGACUGCAAAUCAAGUAUGUGCGUGGUUCUGAUCCUGUACUAAAGCUGCUGGAUGACAGUGGGAACAUUGCUGAAGAACUGAGCAUCCUCAAAUGGAAUACAGAUAGCGUAGAAGAAUUCCUAAGUGAAAAACUAGAACGUAUAUAAAUCUUGCUGCUUUCUGUCCUUUCCUCACAUUUGAUCCUGGUUAGCUUCUGAGAAACUGUGCUACACCCAGCAAAUCAUUCCAGCUUCUACAUUAUUUUUUUAAAAAGAUAUUGUAUGGUACUAAAUAUCUUUUUAAUUAGAAGGUGAAGCCUCAGUACGGCAUACAUCUGACAACUUGGCAAGCUGAACAAAUAGUUUGUGCUAGUACAUAUCAGCUCUGUGUGUUUGUAACAAUGCAUUUCAUUAAUGAUAAACUCAGUUAAUUAUGCAAAUCCCUAAGUUUGUUGUAAUUGGACCAGUUUUUACAAACUUUUAGAACUAGUUGGCAGUUCCAAAUAAUUGAGAUGAUUACCAGACUUCUUGUAUGUUACUUUUCUGUGUACAGGAAGUCAUAAUCAAAUGUGAGAUGUACUCUCUCUCCAAAAAGAAUUGUCUGCUAGUCCUCUCUCACAUUUUGUAUUUCUCAGCUGUCCUUUUUAUAGACAUGUUAUUUACAGUUUAUAACAAAUGCCUGGUUCUAAAAGUUUUGGAAAUUUUGUUUUGAUGGAGGAAGAACUCACGAUCUGGAGUGAUUGUAAAACAUGAAGUAGGUGCACGUUAGUGAAGACUACAUAGAAAACCUGUAAGGCAUGUGUAAGUCUGAUGUCAAGUGUACUUUAACCAAGUGUUUUACUUUAUAUUCUAAUAACUCAGAUCUACUGUAGUAAAGUGUUUAGAUGGCAAUAAAUCACUUUCACAAAAAACUCUUGGAUAUGCUUUUUUAUUGAACUUAUAAAAAAUUUCCUUUUUAAAUCAACUCAUUACUGUGAGCAGAGAACAAAUACCUGUACUGACAGUAUGCUGAGACUGAGACCCAGUUUUGCUAGUUGAGUUAAUAUACAUUAAAAUAAGGAUAACUUAUGAAAUGUGGACUUAAAAUUCAGCCUCAAUAUAAAUUAAUGAACAAGUCUCUCCCCUUAACUUAUUUAAGUAAGUUUAAGGUUUUUGGAUGGCUGAGGUAUGUCCUCAUGCAACCUUAAGUACCACUUGACAUAAUUAAAAAACACAAACUUCCUUUUUUUUUUUUUUUU